GGGCCUCGGAGGGGGCGAGUUGUCUGUGAGGCCAAAAGAGGAGGACAGACGCCGGUGUAGGAGGCUGUGAGCGUCAAUUGAAAACUUACAGUGUUGCAGUUCUGCUUCAGCAGCAGCAAGGCGGUCACGGCAGGGCUAGGUGGGAUCCACUCGUUACCCUGAGAGUCGUCAUCCCUCUGGGCCACAUCGUCUCAACUCAGAAUGGAAGCUCGGCGUGAGAAGAAAAAAAACUGCGGGACAAUUUGCCUGAAGUACCUGCUUUUUCUCUUCAACAUUUGUUUCUGGCUGGCUGGAGGGGCCGUGCUGGCGGUGGGGGUGUGGACUCUGGUGGAUAAGAGCGACUACAUCAGUUUACUGAACUCCAGCUUCUACUCAGCCUCCGCCUACAUCCUGAUUGCUGCUGGAGCCAUUGUGAUCGUGACUGGGCUGAUCGGAUGCUGCGGCACUCUGAAGGAGAAGAGGAGCCUCUUGAUUGUGUAUCUGGUGUUACUGCUGUGCAUUUUCCUGCUGGAAAUCACCGCUGGAGUCCUGGCUUACGUCAACUACAAGGAGUGUUUCCCUUUCUGCCACCAGCUGGAUCGUGAGCUCAGACAGAACCUAAAGUUAACCAUGCAGCAGAAAUACCAGCAGCCAGGCCAAGAGAGCAUCACACAGUCUGUUGACAAGCUACAACAAGAGUUUAAAUGUUGUGGAAGUCAGAACUUCUCCGACUGGACAGACAGUGAGUGGAUCCAGAACGCACAAAACCAGCAGCUCGUUCCCGACAGCUGCUGUAAAACUCCCAGUGAUCUCUGCGGUCGCAGAGAUCACCCGUCCAACAUCUACAGGGUGGAGGGAGGAUGCAUUGAGAAACUGGAGGAUUUCAUCCAAAGCCAGUUAUAUAUUCUCGGGGCAGUGGGUAUUGGGAUUGCAUUUCUACAGGUAAACUCGUAGGGAUGAUGUUCACCUGCUGCCUUUGUCGAAACCUGAAGGAAGAUGUGUACUGAUGUUGGAACCCCUUUAGUGUCACAUUCUUGACUGUUUAACCUUUGUCUGAAUGAUGUAAACACCCAACAUUUUGCACAGUGUUGCUGUAAAGUUGGGACUUUAAAUUACGACAACAGUGACAAACACUACAGACUUUACAAUGCUGCUGGACAGCACCAAUCUCUUCUCUUUUUUUUCCCCCCAGAGAAAACUCUACUCAUCUUUCAUUUUAUGAGGAAGCGUGAUGUGCAAAUAAACUUCUACACAAAAUAAAACACGCAAGAGAAUUGAGAAA